GUCGACGUCACGACUCCUCCUGACACCCAUAUUAUACACGAUAGUCCCGAAAAUAGACGCCAGCUAUUUCUGUGGUUAGUGGCAUUCUCUCACACAAAAUGUGAACGAGAUUCGACUAACCCAAAAAAAAAACCGACGCGAGACGAAAAAUUGCGCGACAUUUUUUUUUGCAAAAAAGUGCCUUUUACACUUUACAGUGCUUUCUUGAGGAAUAGUUAUAGUGAAAUUUGCAUAUAUUGGAAAAUAAUCUUUUGAUUGCUCAGAAUGCCAGCAGGCGACACAGCUAAAGCUUCAAAUCCAUCAGGACGGACAACUUUCAGACCACCAUGGGUGAAAGAUUCCUCAGAGGUGGCCGAUCCCUUAAAUCCAUUCAACCUCAAAAGCGUUCCGAGGAAAAAACAGGAUAGUCCACCAGCAGAGGACGAUGCAAACAAUCCUAUAGCUAAUGUACAGCUAAGAAAAGUUGCUACCAAACCUGACAUUAAAGAAGAUGACGAUAUUACUAUUCCGGAAAAAGAGAGUCCUUUAGACGGAGUACAACUGCGCAAAGUAAAAAAGAAAGAGCCCCAAGAACGCGAAAGUUUCAGAAAAGAAAAAGAAAAUAAUCCAUUAGCUGGUGUUAAACUCAGAAAAACGUCUGUACAAACAAAAGAGCCUCAACAAAAUGGAGAAGAGAAGGAGAGCUUUUUUGUCAAGCCUCAACUUAAACCGAUACCACAAAGGGAAAAAUCACCACCCAAAAAGGAUUACAAAAUCCACGACUUACCAAAUCUCAAAAAAGUCGAAGAACGGAAGCUUUCCGACAGAAAACCAUCGAUGCUCAGGAGAGACAGUACUUUAGAAGAAAUGGACAUGGAAAUUGAUAGGGAAUUGCCUGCCAAAAGAAACUCUGUAGUUCGUGCAGAGUCGAUGAGAAGGCUGUCUCAAACUCCUGCGCCGCCACCGAUGCCUCCACCACCUCCAAGAAUGCCAGGGGAGGCCCCUAAGAAACCACUCAACGACAAACAGGCCAAGAAAUUGGAGCAACUCAAAGCCAGGCCUAAAGUCCGACCAGAUUGGUCACAAACACUAAAAGAAAUCGAAAGUGGCAGAAAGUUGAAACAUGUAGAGUGUAACGACAGAUCUCAGCCAUUGCUUCCAGAGUCUAAAGAUCAAGAGCACUUUUUGUAUAAUAGUGAAACACCCAAUGUACAUAAUGAACUACUUAAACAGAUCGAGACUGGUUUUAAGCUCAAAAGAGUUCAGACUAAUGAUAGGAGCAAACCAAUGUUAGAGGGUUUGAGGAAAUUCCGUAGACAAAUGACAAUAGAAGAGCAGAUCCAAAAAUCCAUGUCGAUGGCCAGUAUGCCACCGGACGAAAUUGCUCCAGAAGAAGUGGACGAGCUGGACGAUAUCGAUAAGGUGAGGGAUGAUCUGCAAAGUACUAAACAAAUGCUGGCGUUGGAAUUGAGGAAUAAGGAAGCUCAAGAAAUGGAAAAUAAAAGACUGUUGGCCAGGUUAGCUAAUAUGGAAGCUGAGCUGGAAAAAGCUAAAGCUGGCGGUGGAAAUGGGAAGAGUGCUAAUGCUGCUGAUGAAAAGGUUAUUCAGUCACUCAAAAAAGAUGUUGAACAAACAAGGAAAAACUCAGAGCAAAUUGAAAAAAAAUAUACUGAAGCAAUGAAGAGUUUAGACACGACUAAACUUCAAUUGGAAGAUUUUAAAAGGAAAAAUAUUGAGCUGGAAAAAAAACUUAUUGAUGCACUUGGAGGCAAAAGAGUAUCUCUAAGUAGUUCUCGCCAAAAUAGUGUAGCAAAUGGUGGCGAAGAUAAUGAUGAAUUAGAUGAUGAAGAGACUGAAGAAGAAAGCGACGGAGAAGAAACACCAGAAAAACGCGAAAAGAAAAAUCAAAAAGAAAUAAAACUAUUAGGCAACAAAUUGAGAAACUUCAAAAACAAGGAGGAAAAUUCGAAAAAAGAACGAAUAGCCCUCAAAGAAAUUAUCAAGAAAAAUCAAGCUGCAAUAAAAGAAGAGAAGAAGCGAUACAACAAAAUAAAGAAAGAAGUUGACAAAAUGGCGGCAUUGCUCAAAGACGUCAGUGAAGAUGAUGAUGACGAUGAAGAAGAAAAAGAGGAGGAAGAAGAAGAGGUUGAAGAGGAAGAAGAAAGCACUGAAGAAGAAUCUGAAAGCGAAAGCGACUCAGAUGACAGUGAUUCAGAAAAGAGCCUGAGCGAACCAGAAGAUGCCCCAUUCGACAAAAAGAAGGCUAAUUUGUCUAGUAGGGGUAAGAGGCAUGAGGCUAGAUUAGGCGCUUUGAAGAAGGGUAAUUUCUUGUUGAAGACAAAUGCAGAAAGGUUGCAAGAUGACCUCAACAAACAAAAAGAAAUGACAGCGAUUCUGCAAGAAGAUUUGGAUUCGGUUUUAUCUGAAUUAGGUUAGACAAAUCAGAGGGGAGCUAGAUUAUUAGGCAAAGCUAUUUGAAUAUUUAUUUAUUUAUAUAAUUUUUUGUGAAUUUGUAUUAUAGCCAAUCGAAAAACAAAAUAAAUAUUGUUUUGUACCAGAAUAUGUGAAAUGCAUUUGCAAUUUGCAAAAUAAUUAUGUCAGAUAUUUGUUUUUGCAGCAACUAUGUGAUUUUGAUUAUUGCAUUAGUUUAUGAUUGUUGCAAGAACAUGACAAAAUUGUACAGAGAAAUAAUAAUGUAGGUAUAAUAAUUGUAUUUUAUGUGAUUUUUCGAAGUUACCCAAAUUAUACAGUAAGUAAUAACAUCAUAAACAAAAGUGUUUUUAGAAUAUUAGAUAUACGUUUUUAUAUAAGUGAUGCUAUAGCUUUUUGUGACCGCUGAACAGUGAAAGCCAAAUAGUAAAGUGUGAUAUAA